AUGGUCGCCGCUAUUCGGCAAACGAAAUCCUUGCUGAAACGAUUGUUUUACCACAACGGGUUUAUUACAUGUCGUUCCAGUUCUACACAGGCUGAACGGUUCAAAGAGUUCAUUGAACGACGCAGAAUGGAAGCACAUGCAAUUGCGCGGCCGGACCCGGUGGUGAAGAAAAUCGACACUCCCGAAUUUCGUUCUAUUUUCACACAGGAAUUAAACGAUCUAAUAGCACUGUUCGAACGGUACAACUUUGAAAUACGUGUAGCAGGUGGAGCCGUACGGGAUAUACUGAUGAAAAUGAACCCGAAAGACGUGGACAUUGCAACCACGGCAACACCUACGGAGAUGAAGGAGAUUUUCACGAAAGAAAACAUUCGGAUGAUAAAUAUGAACGGUGAGAAGCAUGGGACCAUCACUCCUAGGAUAAACGAUAGGGAAAACUUUGAAAUCACAACACUACGUAUCGAUGCGGUUACUGAUGGGCGGCAUGCGGAGGUCAUUCACACCACCGACUGGUUGCUGGAUGCAAACAGGAGAGAUCUAACCAUUAAUUCUAUGUUUCUUGGAUUCGAUGGCACGCUAUACGAUUAUUUCUAUGGGUAUGAGGAUCUGCAAAAACGGCGCGUAGCAUUCGUGGGAGAUCCCGAUAUGCGUAUCAAGGAGGACUAUCUUCGUAUUUUACGCUACUUUCGAUUCUACGGACGUAUUGCGGAGGAACCGAACCGUCACGACGAGGAAACGUUGCGUGUCAUAACCAAGAACGCGCCCGGACUUGCCAAGAUAAGCGGGGAACGUAUAUGGCAGGAAUGGAAAAAGAUAUUGACAGGAAAAUUCGGCAUCGAACUCACCGAAGCAAUGAUCAACUGUGAGCUUGCACCGUAUAUAGGUCUUCCGGAAAAACCUAACGUGGAAGCGUUUUUGCGCGUUUCGAAGCAAGUGCGUGCAUUCGAUCCAAAGUUGCAACCCAUCACCGUACUGUCCGCACUGCUAAACACACCCGAAGAUGCGGUGAAUUUAAAUCUGAGGCUCAAGUUUACUGUUUAUGAAAGAGAGCUAUGCUACUUCCUAACGCAAAAUCGCGAAGAAACGGCAAACUUUGAGGAAUUGCUCCAAUUUCAACAACUCUGCCUGCAAACAAUUAGCAGCGUUAAGCUAAAGAAGGAGUACGUGCUCGAGCUGCUCAAGUACCAUGGCAAGCGGGACCUUUAUCAGCAGCUGCUCGAUUGGCCAAUCCCUCAGUUCCCGAUCAAAGGUAAUGUACUUAUUGCUAACGGUGCUCCCAAAGGACCAAAGUUGGGUGUGGUGAUGGAUAGGCUGAAAAUCAUCUGGUCCAACAAUCAGUACAAUAUGUCACAGGAAGAGUUACUGCAACAUUUGCCGGCUGUGCUGGAGGAGAUUAGUGUAAAAAAGAAGUAA